UAGAUAUGCAUCGCCACGGGAGAAAAAUCAGUUUGCUGGAAAAGAAAAAAAAAAAUCAGCUUUUCCGCGCUUGUCACGGAGAUCCGGGAUCAGAAUGUCGUGCAUUAAGCCCGCAAAGAAGCAGAGACGAGAGAGAGAGAGAGAGAGGCGAUAGGGAGAUUAGGGUUUGAGUUAUUGUCUCUCUAGAGAGAGACAGCCAGAGUAGAACUGGAAGGUGGCAAGCUGCAAGGGAGUUCUUUUCAGGAUGCAGGUAGCUGCCACUACCUGGCUUCUCUUUGUCAGUUCCGUUCUCGUGCUUGCCGCUCAUGUGGCCUCUGCUGUGUCUAAUGAACCAUUUGCAAUUCGCAUUAGUUGUGGUGCUCGUGAGGACAUCCGGACCAAACCAACAAAUACUUUAUGGUAUCGAGACUUUGGUUACACCGGUGGAAGAUAUACAAAUGCAUCACGUACAAGUUCUAUUGUUCCACCGCUUAAAACACUUCGCCACUUUCCUCUAUCUGAUGGUCCAGAAAAUUGUUACAACAUCAACAGAAUUCCUAAUGGGCACUAUGCUGUGAGGAUAUUCUUUGCAUUAGUGGCAGAUGCAGACCUACAAAAUGAGCCAGUUUUUGAUAUUUCUGUAGAUGGCACUCUGACAUACUCCAUGAAACCAGGCUGGAGUAACCAUGAAGACCAGUCGUUUAUGGAAGCACUGAUAUUUGUGAAAAAGAGAAGUUUAUGUGUUUGUUUCCACAGCACUGGUCAUGGAGAUCCUUCUAUCCUUUCUAUCGAAAUUCUUCAAGUAGAUGUCAAUUCUUAUAAUUACGGUCGACCAAGGAGCAAUUUAAUGGUGCUUCGAACCGCCAAGAGAUUAAGUUGUGGAUCUGGAAAGGCUGCCUUUGAUGAAGACUAUAAUGGAGAUCAUUGGGGUGGUGAUAGAUUUUGGCUUGGUGCUUUAUCUUUUAGCCAAGGCUCUGAUCAAUCUAUCUCAACGGAACAAAGCAUAGCGGAAGCAUCGCUUCCGCCUAACUUUUAUCCAAAAAAGCUUUAUCAGUCGGCAAUCAUAAGCACCGACCGGCAACCUGAUCUAACAUUUGAAAUUGAUGUGGAUCCAAGUAAAAAUUACUCAAUAUGGUUUCACUUUGCAGAGAUUGAUCCUAGAGUGACAAAUGAAGAAGAAAGGGUGUUUGAUAUAUUGGUGAAUGGUGAUGUUAUUUUUGAGAAAGUUGAUAUUAUUCGCAUGACUGGAGAAGGUCAUACUGCACUAGUCCUAAAUAGGACUGUUUCUGUUAGUGGAAGGACUUUAACAAUUAUUUUGCACCCUACGAAAGGGUAUGCCAUUAUUAAUGCUAUUGAAGUGCUUGAGAUUAUUCCAUCAGAGCUUAGAACUUUAGCAGAGGAAGUCAGCACUUUGCAAACUUUAAAGGCAUCACUGGGUCUUCCACUUCGUCUUGGCUGGAAUGGUGAUCCAUGUGUUCCCCAACAACAUCCCUGGAGUGGAGUGGACUGCCAAUAUGACAAGAAGAGUGUGAGAUGGGUCAUAGAUGGCCUUGGACUUGAUAACCAAGGUUUAAAGGGCUUUUUGCCGAGUGAUAUAUCCAAGUUAAAACAUCUGGAGAGCAUAAACUUGAGUGGAAACAGCAUCCAAGGAAGCAUUCCAUUCUCUAUUGGCACCAUUGCUGGAUUGCAGACAUUGGACCUUUCAUACAACCAGUUAAAUGGUUCAAUUCCUGAAAGCCUUGGCCGGCUGAAAUUAUUGCGGAUACUGAAUCUCAACGGAAACUUGCUAUCAGGAAGAGUUCCAGCCACCCUUGGGGGAAGGCCUCUCCAUGGAGCCAGCUUCAAUUUUACAGGGAAUGCAGGUCUCUGUGACAUUCCCGGACUUCCAACAUGUGGUCCUCAUCUAUCAAUUGGUGCUAAGGUCGGCAUAGCACUCGGAUCUUUGAUCGCCUUCCUCUUAUUUCUGGUCUGCUUGGUCUGCUGGUGGAAGCGAAGGCAGAACAUUCUAAGAACACAGAAAAUUGCUGCCUCAAGGGAAGCUUCAUAUGCAAAGGCAAGGACGCACUUUGGCCGGGAUGUGCAAAUGACAAAGCAUUCGCCGCAGCGAUCCCACGACCAGUCUCGCAUCGUUACUGAUGAUAGCCCGGCUUUACUCUCUUGAUUCAAAUGCUCACCCAUCGAGUAAAGUGUCAAAAUAGUCCACUGACUAUUUACAUGAAGUUCUUUUACUCUCAGAGUUUAUAGAAGUGUCAAGUUAGCCCUCAGAUUAUGUCAAUGAGAGCUAACAUAGUCUUCAUUUGGGACAAAAUUGAUACUUUUAGAAACUCUUGAGAUUAAAAUAACCCCCUGUAAAGAGUCAAGAGAUCAUUUCGACAUUUUUCUCUUUAUUGAUUAUUAUUCCACCAAUACAUUUGUUUCAUUACUUGUGUUGUGCAUUUUGUAGAGUAUAAACUGGUGAUUUCUGCUCAUCCUUUUACUUGUGCAGAAGACAUUUUUGAGUGAAGAUGUGGAAAGUGGGCAGCAGAGUGGCUUUGCAUAUGCGCUCACAAUUUGUCUUAGAAUAUACAGGAUGUUUGGUAAUGGGAAGUAUGAAUAGAUUUCAUUGAAUUCUUCUCUUGGUCACAUUCAUUAUAGGAACUAUGAGUUGAUGAGUCGGGCAUGCUAUUAUGUUCGCGAGUCGCCAGAAUUGGCCAUUUGGUAAUUUUCUACUGAUGUUAUUUUUAUCUCUAAACAUUUAAUAUUUGCAAAGGGGGACUUUGCAAAAU